AUGGAUGAAUCAAUUAGCAUCGACAGCACAAUUGAAGGCGACCCUGACUAUAUUAUUAUCAAAAUUUCUGAUCUGAAUCCUCUCCACUGCAAUAAGCAACGUCUUAUUGAUUCAAGCGACUACUUUGAAGCUUUAGUUCGCAAUGGUGGGUUCAAAGAAGGGAUUCUUGGCUGUGUGAAUUUCUCAUUAUCAGAAUGGCGUGAAGAAUACUACACUUUCUUCUCCUGGCUUUCCUCAGGAAUCGAUCUCCUUAAAGUCCUGAAUACUCGCUGUUUACUAUUUUUUAUUAUUUUUGGGAAUUAUUUUCAAUUGAAACCUAAAUAUUUCAAAAUUUUGGAUCAAUAUGCAGGGAAUAUUAAUAUUUUAGAUCAAAAUGUGCAGACUUAUCUGAUGAUUUAUUGGUCGUAUAGGUAUAUACCUUUUACUACAAUGACCACAAUGGUUUUAAGCAACCAAUCUUCUCAAGGAAAUCAACAAUUGGUGAAGCUGGUUCUGGCGUGGCUUGAUGAAAAAUCGUUUGAAGACAGAAGAGCAUUGGAGUCUUCAGAGCAGUUUCACCAAGUCAGAGCAUUUUUAAAAACAAUCAGCUCAUGGAUUCCUACAAAUGUGGCAGAACUUAUGGGGAUUAUAUCAGAUUAUCCUUACGCUGCCCAAGUUUUUGACAUAAUUUCUCUAUUCUCUACUAUGAAAGCAGUUUGUUUCUGUACAAGAUUCACCCCGACUGUAGUGUUUAAAUAUGCUUAA